AAGCCAGCAGACCGGCAAUACCAUCUACCAAUGGCGUGGAGGAACCGCAGCGCCAUCACUGAGUUCAUUCUCACUGGGCUGUCUGACGACCCCCGGAUCGAGGCUCUGCUUUUUGUACUCUUCCUGGCGAUUUACCUCCUCACCAUGACCGGGAACUUGACGAUGCUGCUGGUGAUCAGGGCGGACACCCACCUCCACACUCCCAUGUACUUCUUCCUGAGCAACCUGUCAUUCUUGGACCUCGGCUUCUCUUCGGUCACCGUCCCAAAGCUGCUCAAGGACCUCCUGUCUGCAAGGAAAACCAUCUCAGUAGAGGGCUGCCUAGCGCAGGUCUUUUUUGUGUUCAUCACUGCCGGGACUGAAGCCUUUCUUCUUUCCAUGAUGGCCUAUGACCGCUAUGCUGCCAUCUGCCACCCGCUGCUCUACGGCCAGAUGAUGAGCAAUGAGCUCUGUGUAAAGCUGGUACUGCUCUCCUGGGGCCUGGCCUCUCUCAACUCAGUAGUCAUUGUACUCCUAGCUGUUAACCUGGACUUCUGUGAGGCCCGAGUCAUACACCACUACACCUGCGAGCUGCCCUCUCUCUUUCCUCUGUCUUGUUCCAAUGUCUCCAUCAAUAUCAACAUCUUGAUCUGCUCCACCCUGCUGCAUGGGCUUGGCACUUUUCUCCCAAUCUUCUUCUCCUAUGCCCGCAUCGUGUCUACCAUCCUGAGCAUGAGGUCCACCACAGGGAGAAGCAAAGCAUUUAAUACGUGCUCUUCUCACCUGGUAGCGGUGAUCUUGUUCUUCGGGUCGGGUCUGGUUCGCUAUCUUAUGCCUACGUCUGGUUCCUCUCUCGAUUUUCUCUCCUCCUUACAGUACAGUGCAGUCACACCCAUGCUGAAUCCCCUCAUCUACAGCCUAAAGAACCAGGAGGUGAAGGCAGCUGUGAAAAGGACAUUGGGAAAAUAUCUACAUUACUUUGGGUGA